GACGAGGAGGAGGAAGAGGACGAGGACGAGGACGCGGCCGCGGCCGCUGGUAGACGCAGGUCGGGCGCGGCCCCUGGCACCGGCAAGUUGGCGCAGUACGUCCGCACGUGGCGCUGCAGCGUCGUGGUCCAGGCGACGGCCUUCGCAGCCUCCUUCCGCCGGGUUCCCUGGCCGAUCUUCGACAAGUCAUUGUUGGUGAUCGCCUGCUGCUCCCUCGACGAUGCCAACAACGCAGGCACAGCGGGGUGCGUGGCGUUCUGUGCCAACCAGAACACGGGCGGAAACAACGGCGCCUGGCUGGGGCCUCCGGCCCACGCCCUGGCAAAGCACGCGAGGGGGCCCUGCUCGUCGGGCGCAAACGUCUCUGCGAGCUUGCAGAACUCGUCGUAG